UUUGCUGGCCAGUGAGUUCACAUCCUCCACUGGAGAGACCUCAAGUAAGCGUUGUUGAGGAGGAAAGCACGUACUGUAGCCAGCUCCAUCUGAGAGUAAGCAUGUGGCGGCUGCAGCUGCUCCCCACAGCCCUGUGUGUCCUGGUGAACCUGAGGCCUGCACUCACUCUGCCACCUACAGCGGCACCUCUGGUCCCAGACCAGCCUUUUGUGGUGAUAUGGAAUGCGCCCACUCACAAAUGCAAACAGUCUGCCACCCCUCUAGACAUGUCAGCAAUGCAGGCAGACACCACGCCAGCUGCGGUGCCUAAUCAGUUCCUGACGCUGUUUUACAAGAACCGCGUGGGGCUGUACCCGCACACAGACCUGAGGAGCUCACGGCAGCACAAUGGAGGCUUUCCUCAAAGGGGCAACCUGACAGCUCACUUAGAGAAGGCGCGAGCAGACAUCACCAAACACAUUCCUGAGCUGUCACCUGGCCUGGCGGUGAUUGACUGGGAGGAGUGGCUACCUCUUUUUGACAGAAAUCUAGACGCAAAGGAAUUCUACCGCAACCUCUCCUUUAAUUACACAGUCAACUUGAACCCCUCGCUUACCCCAGAUCAAGUUGUUCUAGAAGCAAAACAACAGUUCCAGAAGGCAGCCAGGGGUUACAUGGAAGAAACUCUGAGUCUUGGUGUCAAGGAGCGGCCAUUAUACAGGUGGGGAUUUUAUCUGUUUCCUGAUUGCUACAACUAUAACGCAUCAGAGGCAGGCUACACAGGGAAGUGCUCCGACAGCACAACGCAGCUCAACGACGAGCUCCUGUGGCUGUGGAACAGCAGCACUGCCCUCCUCCCCUCCGCCUACCUGUGGUCAGCCCUCAGCGGAGACCGCAAGGCCGCCCAGUUUGUCCGUAACCAGGUGCAGGAGGCCAUGCGGGUGUCGGCUCUGCCCGGGCGUCCACACACAGCGCCCGUCUACGUCUACUCUCGGCCCGUCUUCGGGGAUCAGAACAACCUCUACCUCAGCGAGGCUGAUCUGAUGAGGAGCGUUGGGGAGAGUGCAGCUCUUGGAGCAUCAGGAGUGGUGCUAUGGGGUGCCAGUGUGGACUUCGCCAGCAAGGCGGCGUGUGAGGCCCUGUCUCUGUACCUGAGUGGCACACUGAACCCGUACAUCGCCAACGUGACUGGCGCGGCCAGACUGUGCAGCGCCAUGCUCUGUGAGGGCAAAGGCCGCUGUGUGCGGAAGGACUACGACUCAGACGACUACCUGCACCUGGACCCCCAGAGCUUCCGCAUCGAGAAGAGGGACGGCCGAUACCAGAGCGCUGGCGUACCUGCCCUCAGCGAGCUCACGGCCUUGGCCGACAAGUUCACCUGUCAGUGUUACGCAGGCCAGCAGUGCUCAGAUCAGACGGCCUUCCACAUCCCCGACACUGAGCUGCUCUUUCAGGUGUAGUCUACCUCACAGAGCAACGCUACCAAGCAACAGUCCUGACCUGGAGAAUACCUGUGUGUGGAUUUGUCAUCAACAUACUGUAUGCUGUUUACAUUUUCCAUACAUAAAAGUUUAUCAAUCUUGA